AUGAACUUUUUCCGUGCAGCCACUCGUACCUCCUCUCUUUUGCGUCCUACCAUCAAUGCUCGUGCCAAUGCUCCCAUGUGGGCUCGUUGGCUCUCGGAUGAUUUGCGUAAGAAGCUUGAUCAGGAUGUCAAGUCCAAGGACAUUGUUUUGUUCAUGAAGGGUACUCCUGAGCAACCCAUGUGUGGUUUCAGCCGGGCGGCCGUUCAGAUCAUGCAAGUGCAAGGUGUGGACUUUGACAAGGUUCAAGCUUUCAAUGUUUUGGAGGAUCCUGAUUUGCGUCAAGGUAUCAAGGAAUACUCGGAAUGGCCCACUAUUCCCCAAGUCUACAUCAAGGGCGAGUUUGUUGGUGGCUGUGACAUUUUGCUCAAUAUGCAUCAAUCCGGUGAUUUGGAAGACAUGUUGAUCAAGGAAGGCAUUGUCCCUGAAGAAAUCGUGGAUGAUAAGCAAUAG